UUGUAAAAAGUAAUUAAAACUGUUUUUCAAAACCAUUGCGUUAUUAUUGAGUAAAAUUAAAGUUGUCCUAACAAAAUUAUCAUAUAUUAAGUUUUUUAAGGUACUUUGCAAAAGUACUAGAAUAGUAAUUUCCUUUAAGCCCUGCCCCUUUGCCUCUAUGGCAACCAGUGUUUUGUUGAUGAACGUGCUGACAGUGUGGGGGGCUUCAGUAUCCGUCCCUGUUUGACGCAGGUUUUCUCUUCUAAAAAGUCUUUUUUUUUUCCUAAUGUUUUUCAAAUUGCAUAUCUUUAACUAUGACAGAGGCAGUGAGAACAUCAUCCAUCACCUCCGUCAUCAGGAAUUUGUUGAAUACCAACCUGUUGGACAGUUCAGACACCAGUGACUCAAACACAGAGGAAGAGGAGGACGAAUGUGCAGGAAGGGAACAACUAUCUAUAAAUUUAAGCGAGACCCUGCGCACCAGGCAGCUGCUUUUGAACUUCCACAAAGGCAAACCUGUCCUGAGUUUGAGGGCACCUUUGGACCUUGUCAAAUUCCCAACUAGUCCCUGCCCUCGUUGGCCCGUAGAGUGUGAGGUCAUCAGCGACGUCAUACAGCACAUAGAGUGGGAGCCUCCUGAGCCAGAGCCUUUUUAUCAGCUGUUAGGUUAUGAGGACGCACCCAAGCCUGUUGGAGAGGGGAAGGUGGUGUACUGCAGUGACCCAGCCACCAAGUAUCCCUAUUUCACUAGCUCUCGUGUUGGAGGAAGUAGGGGUCCUAUAAAGAGUACUGCUUCCUGUGUCAGUCCCUCAGACUUCACCCUUGAGUUUGAAUCACGCUUUGAGAGUGGAAACCUCCAGAAGGCCAUCCAAGUGGGCACCUAUGACUAUGAGCUCACCCUGCGUCCUGACAUGUACACCGCAAAGCACAGUCAUUGGUUUUACUUCAGAGUCAGGAACAUGAAGGCCGGAGUGACGUACCGCUUCACCAUCGUCAACCUGAAGAAGAGCAGCAGUUUGUAUUCUCAGGGCAUGAGGCCUCUCCUGUACUCGGAGCGGGCUGCGGAGGAGAACAGUGUUGGAUGGCAACGCACAGGCUCCAAAAUCAAAUACUAUCAGAACAGCUGUCGGAACACAAAGGAGAACGACGAGUCGGCCACCUUGUCCUCACUCACCUGGACUCUUCAGUUCCCCCAUGACUCGGACACCUGCUACCUGGCCCACUGCUACCCGUACACCUACUCGCACUUGCAGCGCUACCUCAGGCGUAUUUCUUCCCAGCCAGCGGCGACGUCGUUCUGUAAAGUGCGGGUCCUGUGCCAGAGCCUGGCAGGGAACUCUGUGUACGUCCUGACCGUAACGUCCGCGGGGGCCGACAGGCCCCACAUCAGGAACAAGAAAGCUGUAGUUGUGACGGCCCGAGUGCACCCCGGGGAAACCAACGGGUCCUGGGUGAUGGAGGGCUUCCUUGACUUUUUGCUUGGUGACUCCGAUGAUGCCCAAGUGCUCCGGGAUCAUUUUAUAUUCAAGGUGGUACCAAUGCUGAACCCGGAUGGCGUGGUGGUGGGCAACUACCGUUGCUCUUUGGCAGGCAGGGACCUCAACCGAAACUAUAAGACAUUGCUCAGGGAUGCGUUUCCUUGUGUGUGGCAUGUCCGCAACAUGGUGGAAAGACUCAUGGCUGAAACUGAAGUCGUUCUUUAUUGCGACUUCCACGGCCACAACCGUAAAAACAACGUCUUCAUGUACGGAUGUAACAGCCGUGGAGACGCUUCGCUCAACCUUCAAGAGAGGGUCUUUCCACUAAUGAUGAGCAAGAAUGCCAGCAAUAAGUUUUCCUUCAGGAGCUGUAAUUUCCGUGUGCAGAAGAGCAAGGAGGGCACGGGUCGAGUCGUCAUGUGGAGACUUGGGAUCAGAAACAGCUACACCAUGGAGGCCUCGUUUGGAGGCUCCACUCUGGAUGACAGGAGAGGGACCCAUUUUACAACCAGGGACCUGAAGUCUCUGGGCUUUCACUUUUGCGACACCCUGCUGGACUUCUGUGACCCCGAUCAAACAAAGCAAAACUCUCUGGAAAACCUGAGCACCUCAUGCCAACGGCACAGGACGUGUCUACAUCCUGGCAGCACGCACACAGCCGUGGCUCCACAGGCUCACACGGGUGUGUUUUUAGAGACUCAACUACCCAAAACUAUCGAUAAAUCAGAGGUCGUUUUAGGACGCCAGACUUUCUCCACGGGUGGUGAAACGAAAGAGAGAAGACAGUGGAGAUGCUCCUCUCAGCUGCUGCACCUGAGUGUUUUCUUUCCACCUCCACCAAAUUACCUUCAUUCCACACAGCACCGGCUUCACUCUGCACAAUGGGAUUCCUACGGUCAAAUCUGCAGAGGGCUGCCGUCACCCUUCGUAGCUCCUCGCAGAGCUCUACCCUCAGCGUACGCCAGCGUGGUUCCAGCCAUCGUUCCAACAAAGCGCCUGCCGAUGACCUUCACCAGCACCAAGCCCAGCAGCCGGCGCAGUUUCAGAAACAGUUCGACGAUAGAUUCGUCCGAGGCUUCCUCCAUGUUGAACACAGACGUAACCAAAACCAAGAACCGGGAGGUUUUCCUCUGAAGCUUCAGCCAUAUUUUAACAWGUUAUUUUUGUUGACGAUCAAAUUUCAUCAGAGGAAAAACAGGAAAGAUCUCUUCCUUCAUCAGUGUAAGAUAGUUUAACCUCCACUGUCAUCUUUUUUUGUUUUUCAGAUGAGUCACAGUUUAGAUGUGACUGUGUCUUGUGAGCAACGUCAGAGAGACUGCAAUCAUGAAAACUCCCUGAGAGAAACUGAAAAGCAGGAAAGCUCGAGUUCCUCUAUGGGGCGCCAUAAUAUUUAACAUUUAAAUUUCACAUUUAGCAAAAAUAAGAUAAAUGUAUGAACAGUGAGCUAAAUAAAAAUGAAC